AUGAGAGAGGACAACAACGAUGAUGGAGACGACACCAGCUUCCCCACCCUCUCCAACAACCCAACCCACCCCUACCACAAUAACACCAUCACCAUCACCGCCACCGACCUCACCCCCACCCCAGACGGCUUGAGAAACAACUUGAGAGAGGGCAUGAGUGACGACGGGAGAGAGUGCGGGAGACCUCGACCCCACGCGCUCCCCACCCCAGCCCGGCCACCCACGCCGCCUCCGAAUCCCCGGCCGGGCCCACAGGCGCCUCGGCCGCCGCCGGGUACACCUUCGCCGCCGCCUAGUCCUUGA